GGAGAGGCCGGCUUCAUUUAAAGCCCUGAGCCGGGAGCGCCGCUCAGGUGACUGCCGGCUCCCCGGGCUAACGGUCCUGCGGCCGGCGUGCGGGCCCGGGCAGCCCAGCAGCGAGAAUGCAGAACCUCGGCGCCCAGCUCCGGCGGGGCUUCAGCUCCGUAUUCUCAGGCCGGGCAAGCCGGAAGCAGGCUGCCCGCGCCCAGGACGCAGUGGGCACCAUGGAGACCUACAGGAACCCCACGGAGGUACAGAUGAGCCAGCUGGUGCUGCUGUGCCAUACCAACCACCGCGGGGAGCUGAGCGUGGGGCAGCUGCUGAAGUGGAUCGACAUAACCGCCUGUCUCUCAGCUGAGAGACACGCAGGCUGCCCGUGCGUAACGGCCUCGGUGGACGACAUCUAUUUUGAGCACACCAUUAGAACUGGACAGGUGGUUUACAUAAAAGCCAAGGUGAACCGGGCCUUCAACUCCAGCAUGGAGGUGGGUAUCCAGGUCACCUCGGAGGACCCCUGCACCGAGAAGCAGUGGAGCGUGUGCAAAGCUCUGGCCACGUUUGUGGCCCAGAGAGAGUCUUCCAAGGUAAAGCUCAAACAGAUCCUGCCGCUGACGGAGGAGGAAAAGGUGGAGUACAGUGUGGCGGCGGAGCGUCGAAGAAUGAGGCUGCUGUACACGGAAACCAUCCAGGACCUGCUGGCCAAGAGUGUCAUUCAGGAUGAUCUGGAGAGAAGGGACUGCAGUAAGAUGGUACCCGCCGAGAAGACCCGAGUGGAGAGUGUGGAGCUGGUCCUGCCCCCCCAUGCCAACCACCAGGGCAAUACCUUCGGUGGCCAAAUCAUGGCCUGGAUGGAGAACGUGGCCACCAUCGCAGCCGGCCGCCUAUGUCAAGGCCAUCCCACCCUGAAGACAAUUGAGAUGUUCCACUUUCGAGGCCCCUCCCAGGUCGGGGACCGGCUGGUUCUCAAGGCCAUCGUCAAUAAUGCCUUCAAGAACAGCAUGGAGGUCGGGGUGUGCGUGGAAGCUUACCGCCAGGAGAUGGAAUCCUGCCGCCGGCACCUCAACAGCGCCUUCAUGACCUUCGUGGUCCUGGAUGGAGAAGACCAGCCCGUGACCCUGCCCUGGAUUCAGCCGCAAGGCGAGGAAGGUGAACGUCGCUACAGGGAGGCCAGUGCUAGAAAGAAGAUCAGGCUGGACAGGAAGUACAUCGUGUCAUGUAAGCAGGCUGAGGUCCCUCUCUCCGUCCCCUGGGACCCAAGUAACCAGGUAUAUCUGAGCUACAAUAACGUCUCCUCCCUGAAGAUGCUCAUGGCCAAGGACACCUGGGUCCUCACGUCAGAGAUCAAUAAGAUCAAGCUCUACACCUUGGAGGAUGACAAGUUCCUGUCCUUCCACAUGGAGAUGACGGUCUACACGGACACAGCUCAGGCCUUCCUCCUCCUCUCGGACCUGAGCCGCAGGCCUGAGUGGGACAAGCACUAUCAGAGCGUGGAGCUGGUGCAGCAGGUGGAUGAGGACGACGCCAUCUACCACGUCAUCAGCCCCAUCCUGGGAGGCGCCGACGGCAAGCCCGGGGACUUCGUCAUCCUGGCCUCGAGGAGGAAGCCCUGCGACAGCGGUCACUCGUCGGGCCUGGCCCCCAGAGAGCCCUACGUCAUUGCCCUAAGGUCGGUCACCCUGCCCACACACCCCGAGACCCCUGAGCGCACCCGAGGAGAGACCCUGUGCUCCGGCUUCUGUCUCUGGAAGGAAGGGGACCAGCAAACCAAGGUAUCCUACUACAACCAGGCCACGACCAGUUUCCUGAACUACGUGACGACCAACGUGUCAGGGCUGUCGUCCGAAUUCAUUACCACCUUCAAGGCCUGCGAGCAGUUUCUCUUGGACAACAAAAGCGAGCUGGCCCUCAGCCUCCAAAGCCUUUAACGCCUCCCCCAGCCCGCCCAGCCCCUGCCUGGGGCUCCUGCUGUCCUUUCCCACUCCAUCCCACCCCUUGGAGCACAGGACACCCCAGAGUGGAAGGGGCCGUGUAGAUCCAGAUCCGCCUCUCCUGGCUGGAGACCGGUCCCCUGCGGCUGCCUUCUCAGGGGCUGAGCCACCAGUCAGGCGUCGAAGAGAGCUCAGUGCUCUGAGUCCCCUGCCCGGCUCCUCCUCUCUGACCUUUUUGUUUUAGUCUGUCCAUCGGGCUGUUAGCAAGGCUGUGCCCAAUGGGACUGGGUAGCGUUAGGAUCUCCCAAGGCUGCUGGGACAGAGGUGGCCAGUGCCCCCGUGGCCCCCCCACCGGCGCCCCCGUGCCCCCCCACCGGUGCCCCCGUGGCCUCCCCACCAGCGCCCCCGUGGCCCCCCCCCGGCGCCCCCGUAGCCCCCCCCGGCGCCCCCGUGGUCUCCCCACCGGCGCCCCCGUGGCCUCCCCACCAGCGCCAGAGCCCCUGCUGACGGCCCCAGUAGCCAACGUUCCCUGCUCAUAGAGGCCGGCUGGCCAAGUUCUAAGAGACAGAAGGACCCAGUGACCACAGCCUCAGUGGCCUAAGUCUGGGCAGAUCCUGGACCCGGCCUGGAGGGCCAGGAGUAGCCAGAUAUGUGUCGGGGCCACUGAACGCAAAAGGGCAGGUCCUCUGAAACUUAAGUCAGCUCCUGCCACCCAGAAAUGCCAGAGACCAGGGGUGUCCCAAGGUGCCUCGGAUGGCUUAGGGAGGGGGGAGAGAGAGGGCAGUUAGGGCCAGGAGCAGCUGGGAAAGAGUUCCCGGGGUCAUCCAUCACCAGUGAUCCAGUCCCUUUUGAUCCAGAGUCAGGAUCUGUUUCAAAGGCAAAGGAAGGAUUGUAAAUUUUUGUUAAUUUGUACAUUAAUAGUUAAUUUGUAAAAUCCAAUAAAUAGCCAAGUCCUCUCUA